UUUAGCGCUGAACUACACGGGUUUCAUGUAGGCUAACCUCAUUGUAGCCAUGAUAUCCGUGUUGCUCCUCUUCCUCGUCGCGUGCGUGUCGGCUCGCUACACGGAGGACUGGACGAGUCUGGACGCCAGACCGCUGCCCUCAUGGUUCGACGAAGCCAAGGUGGGGAUUUUCGUCCACUGGGGGGUGUUCUCUGUCCCGGGUUUCGACAGCGAGUGGUUCUGGUGGCACUGGCAGGGUCAGCAGCCACCGGACCCCAACUGUGUAAGCUACAUGUCCAAGAAUUACCCGCCUGGGUUCGGAUACCCGGAGUUUGCCCCUCGGUUUCACGCCCAGUUCUUCAACCCAGAGGAGUGGGCGGACAUGUUCAAAGCCUCUGGGGCAAAGUAUGUGGUCCUGACAGCCAAACAUCACGAAGGAUUUACUAACUGGGAAUCUCCAUACUCCUGGAACUGGAAUUCUGUUGAUACUGGCCCCAAGAGGGACCUGGUAGGGGAUCUGGGAGAGGCAGUCCGCAACAGAUCGCUUCACUACGGACUCUACAACUCCUUGUACGAGUGGUUUCAUCCUCUUUAUUUGAAUGACAAGAAGAACGGAUUUAAAACACAGGAGUUUGUGAUGCGCAAGCUACUCCCUGAGCUGUACAACAUGGUUGUAAGGUACCAGCCUGAGGUCAUCUGGUCUGAUGGGGAUUGGGAAGCUCCAGACACAUACUGGAACUCCACCCGAUUCCUGGCGUGGCUCUACAACGACAGUCCCGUUAAAGAUACUGUCGUGACCAAUGACCGAUGGGGAGCCGGCUGUGCUUGUAAACACGGUGGCUACUAUAACUGCCAAGAUAAGUACACUCCAGGCCAGCUGCCCAAACACAAAUGGGAGAAAUGCACGUCUGUGGACACUCUAUCCUGGGGUUACCGUCGAAACAUGAGGCUUCAAGACCUUAUGGACUUGCCUGCCAUUAUUAAGGAUCUGGUCAACACCGUGGCUCUUGGAGGUAACUACCUUCUCAAUGUGGGUCCCACAGCCGAUGGGACCAUCUCCACCGUGUUUGAGGAGAGACUCAGGGGUCUUGGAGCCUGGCUUGAAAUCAACGGGGAGGCAAUCUAUGCUUCCAAACCCUGGAGGGUUCAGAUGGAAAACACCACUGUUCCCGUUUGGUAA